CAGUGCCGGUCCCGGGUCCCUCCUCCUGCUCCUCGUUCUCCUCCCGAGCGGCGGCGGCGGCGGCGGGGCCGCGCGGAGCCUCCACAGCGCUCGGCAGGGCCGCCCAGCUCGCAUCCCGCACGGAUAUGGCUCGUGGACAGCAGAAGAUUCAGUCGCAGCAGAAAAAUGCCAAAAAGCAAGCUGAGCAAAAAAAGAAACAAGGACAUGAUCAGAAGGCUGCAGCCAAGGCUGCCUUGAUAUAUACCUGCACUGUCUGUAGGACUCAAAUGCCGGAUCCCAAGACCUUCAAACAGCACUUUGAAAGCAAGCAUCCUAAGACUCCACUUCCUCCAGAACUGGCUGAUGUUCAGGCAUAAAAUUGUCUACAGGUGAAGUCAUGACACCUAUUGACUCUUCUACUGUCAGACCUUACAUAACAAACCUGCAGCUGCUUUUCUAAAACUGUUGAUCAGCAAAAAUGAAGGGGCUACAGAAACAUUCAUAUUUUUAUGCUGUUCCCUCUUGGGCUUCAUGCAAAGACAAUUCUGUGUAAAUGUACAGUUGUGCCCUAUUUGGAAAUCCUAAAAAAUCAGUCCAUACUUGUUAUAAAAAAUUUUUUACAAUUGUAAUUAUAUUGAUGUUCAUAUUGUGUAAAAUAACUCACUUAAUAAAGUAGUACUUUGAUUUUACAAUA